AUGGUUUAUAAAACUAAUCCAAAAGUACUUUUUGAAUAAUAAAUUGUUUCAAAUCCAUCUAGGCAGAAUCUAAAUCCAGAAAAUUUUUCUUUUGUAAUGGCUCUGUUGGAUUCCAGCUUUAAUCCUAUUACUGAUCCAAGUAUUUUUAGAUUUGUUGGUAACUUUGUUUACAAAGAAAAAACAAUCAACUCUGAUGGAUCUGAAGGUUAGCCAGUUUUCAAAAAUAAAGUGAUGGAAAUUGAGAUUUGUAAUGAAAAUAGCUUUUAGGUUUAGGGAACUCAGAGCUAUUUCUUGAAACUUUAGUAUAAACAAAUGUAUUGCUUUAAGAAUAUAGAGGAUUUCUAUCUUGUAGGUUAGUUUGAAAUGGAUGAAUACUCUGUAAUUCAGAUUAAUGUAGUGGUUUGUGAUGAUUCAGAUCCUAAAAACUCUGUAAAAUGUAUGGAAUAAACACAAAAGAAUCAAAUACUUUCUACUGCAAUUUUGUAACUUUAUUACAUUAAUUAAUUAGUGCAAUUAAGUGAUAAGGAAUAACCUUUUAAACCAGUGGGAUAAACUUAAUUUUGGGAAACUAAUAUUGAUUAUCUUUAAAACAUCAAUUUAGUAUAUGUAAAAACUUAUGUUGAAGAUGACGAUUCUUUAUUUUUAUCAAAUAGUAAUAUACAGAGUCAAUUACUUUUUAGCAAUGAUAGGACUAUGCUCUAAACAAUAGUUAAUUACUCUCUUUACAAAGUAGACAUAUUUUUGCAAAAAAACCAAGAACAGCACUAUUAUAGGUCAUAUACUAAAAUAUCUGAUGCGUUUUCUUAAAUAGGUGGAAUUUUCAACGUGUUUUUUGUAAUAGGUUGCAUUAUUGCUUAACCUUACUCCUAAUUAUAGUUAAAUAGAAAGCUCUUUAAUGCUACUUUUGACAUAAAUAAAAGUAAUAAAGAAAAUUUAUAGGAAGAUUCUAAAUCAAGUGAUAGCAGUAAUUCAAGUGGGAGUGAAGGCAUUCAAUUCCCAUGUAAUGACUAAAUAAAUGAAAUUUAGAAUUUAUAGAAAAAACCUUCUAAUUCAAAUAGAAAAAGCAAAUAAAAAAAUAAAACAAUCUAAAAAUAAUUAAGUGAAUAAAAUUAAUUUAAAUAGAAAAUCAAUAGAAAACUGAAUGAAAAGUUUUCUGUUUUCUAACUAAGCGGUAAUCUUUAAAAAUAAUAAAAAAAGCAAAGUUUCAAAUAAUAUGUCAAAGAAUAAUUCAACAAAAUUUCAGUUAAAACAAGUGAAUUUUUGUAUUAUUAUUUGAACUGUUUUAAAUUAUUCAAAUCAGAUGUUAUUGAAAUGGUGAAUUUUGGUACUUAAUAAAUACUAAGUUACACUGAUGUUUGCUUUGUUGUGAACAAAUUAAUUGAGUUAGAGAAGCUCAAAACAGUUAUUUUAAAUGAGCAAUAAGUUAAACUAUUCGAUUUUAUUCCAAAGCCUAAAAUUGACAUAGAACUAGUCAAAGAAUUCAAAGAAAAAACAAUUUAAAAUAAACAAUAAGAUUAAUCUCCUCCUCUACAGAGUAAAGACAAAAAUUUGAAUAAUACAAAAGAAUAAGAAUUUUAUUCAUCUUUAGGAAAAAAGCAAUUCAACAUUUUAACCAUACAAAAUAGGACUGUUUAUGAAAAAGCUAAGCAAGCUCAAUAAGCUUUUAAUGAAAUCUAUAACAAUUAAAAUUAGUAAUCUGAAAUAGAUUUGAAGCUAAUUUAAAUGCUGGACAGAGAUUUAACUUAAUUAUUUUAAACAAAUACCUUUAAUGAUGAUAACUUAUCAUUGUUGAAGAGUCAAUUUUAUAAUUAGAGAUAAAUUAUCUCACCAUGUUUACUGACUAAUAUAGAAAAAUUUUCUAAUUAAUCAAAUUAAUAGAAUAAUUAGAAGACCAAAAAAUUCACACUAAAUAUAUAAAGCCCAUAAGAAAUGAUUAACUUCUCAGAACAAAGAAAGAACAUUUUAAACGAUUCUUAGACAAGUGAAAAUGGCUUAGGAAUUUAGCUUUAUCAUAAUAGACCAAAGAAUUUAAAAAAUUUUAUAGAAGAAAAGAAUAUGGUACUUUUUGAAAAUAAUAAUAAUAUUAAUAAUAAUAAUGAUUAGUGA